AUGCCACGAAUCAAGACGAAACGCACCAAGACGGCACCCGACGGUUUUGAGAAAAUCAAGCCCACUCUGGUGGAUUUCGAGCUGCGUUUAAAAGAGGUACAGGACGACAGAGCAUCCAAAAUAGGCGCAAAAUCGCAACAGGGAAGUUGGGACGUGUUCCAGAUCUCACACGAACGGUCGCGAUACGUUUAUGACUUGUUCUACAAACGCAAAGCUAUAUCAAAGGAACUCUACGACUGGCUGCUGCGCGAGAAGUACGCCGAUAAGAUGUUGAUUGCGAAAUGGAAAAAACGCGGUUACGAGAAGCUGUGCUGUUUGAAAUGCAUACAGAGCAACGAAUCGACCGCUCAGGGCAAUACGUGUAUAUGUAGGGUUCCGCGGUCUACGUUAGAAAAGAAUAGUAAAGAUGGGGUCGUGACGUUCACCAGAUGUGUCCAUUGCGGUUGCUCCGGAUGCGCAAGUAGCGACUGA